AUGCCUACCACCUACCCUCCCGCUUCAUCCUCCACCCUCACCCUCUCUUCUCCCCCUGCGCACUUCUCCCGGUAUGAGUACAUGAUACAUGCCUGCCCUCCUUGGAUGACUUUGGAGGCCAAGGAACAAAUAUUCACUAAACUCACUGCUCUCGAUAUCAUAAUGUUCGAUGUUUGUUUGCCGCAGUGA